CAACUUGCUGGCUUCAACAUGGUGUCGAAAAGACCGCCUGUAGGGAAAAAGAACAGGAAAGGAGCUGCAUGGAAGUUCACGUUGGACUGCACGCACCCUGUGGAGGACGGCAUCCUCGACUCGGCCAACUUUGAGACAUUCCUCAGAGAGAAGGUGAAGGUUAACGGCAAAACUGGAAAUCUGGGUAACAUGGUGCAGAUCGCUCGGCAGAGGAACAGGAUCAGCAUCUCAUCAGAAAAACAAUUCUCAAAGAGGUAUCUGAAAUAUCUCACCAAGAAAUACCUGAAGAAGAAUAACCUGCGAGACUGGCUGCGUGUGGUGGCGUCCGAUAAAGAGACGUACGAGCUGAGAUACUUCCAGAUCAGUCAGGACGACGAGUCUGAGACGGACGAGUGAAGCGAUCAUGCGGGAGGAGGAUGGAGCAAAUCUCAGGCUUUAUAUCGAGUUUGAUGAUUAUUUGUUAAUAAAUGGACGAUUUACGUUAAA